AUUAUUGAGGGUGUUGGGUUGAUAACAGGUCUAAAGAAUACCACUGCUACAAACAGACUAUGCAAGGGUAAAGCCAUAGUCACACUGGUGAUACUGACUCCAGACCAACCAAAGGUAUUACCUUUAUCUCCAAUGACAUACUAUCUGUCGGUUAUGUUGGUGAGACUGGGUGUAUUGAUCAGCUUGGACCAGUGACAAACCAUGGAGUCAUUACCAUGUAUGUAACAUUAAUGCAGCAUACAUGAAUCAGGAAAGUGGGAGGUUAGACUUCUCUGCAUGAAUGGACUAAAUACAAUCAGCAAGAAGCUUGGUCUGAGACUGCUAGCACCACGGAAGAAGAUCAAUGUCCUUCUAAUUGGUAAUCACUCAGCAGGAAAGAGUUCCUUUAUCAAUUGGUAUGUUGAAGAACAUGUCCAAAGGACAGGAGUUGCCAUCGAGACCCAAGGUUUCUCCUUCAUCACUAGUGGACGUAAACGGGAGUCACUCACUGGAAAUGCCACUCUCCAUCUUUACCCACACUUCAAGGAGCUGGCCAAAUUGGAAGGAGUGGUGGAAUACUUGAACACUGAAGUGAUCACAUCUAAGCAGAAGAAGUUUAGUCUGGUUACCUUUGUAGACACACCAGGGUUAGUGGAUGGUGAUAUGAAGUAUCCCUUUGAUGUGGAGCAGGCUAUCUUAUGGCUAGGUGACCUCGCUGAUCUGAUCUUUGUGUUCUUUGACCCCAUUGGUCAAGCUCUGUGUAAACGGACAAUGAACCUGGUUGAGAAGCUGAAUGAGAAACAUGCUGACCGGGUCAAGUUCUAUCUUACGAAGGCUGAUGAGGCUGGACAUGAGAGUGACAGACAGCGUGUACUCAUGCAGAUUGUCCAGGAGCUAUGUAAGAGACCUGGUUUAAACCGAGCCGGCUUCAACAUGCCAACGAUAUACAUCCCAACAUUAUCAUCAGGAAAGAGUCGAUGUGUGAACCAGAUAGAGGAGGUGUGUAAGGAUAUAGAAAAAACAAUCAAACAAACCAUUCAGAACUCACUCAAUACUCUAGAGACUGAUUGUGAACACAUCUCAAAAAUCAUUGAUGAUAAGCUAGAUGAAGACAGGCAAGCAAAUUCCUACAACUUCCGAGCUAAGGGUAAAUCAUUGAUCUUCUACGCCCUUGGAUUGUUGCUUCCAUUUCUUCUCUUCAUUAACUUCUUGGCCAGUACCGUGUCUGAUGAGUUUACAUCAGGAUUACUAGGAGAAGAUGGAGCUACCAUGCUGAAAUCAUACCUGAGUCCUAUAGGAGGUAUUUGGCAUACUAUUCCUAUUGAGUAUCAUCUACAUGCUAUGAUUGGUAUAGCUCUUAUAUGCUUCCUCCUUCUUCUCUUUGCUAAGCUGUCAACAAGAUUAAAGCCUACAUUGACUCGUAAAGAGAAGAGGUACUUCAGUGAACAGAGAGAGUAUGUACAGAAACAAGUAAAGGGAGCAAAGGAGAAGUUGUACUCAGAAUACCUGAACCAAUGUGUAGCUAUCUCUGACCUAAGCUAAAGGACCAUCUCUAUACACCAACAGAGUACUAAUAAUGUCUACCUUGUAAUAUAAACAAACCAUGGUAUUACAAAUCACAAUCACGGCAUCUAAAUAAGAAUGUAAUAAUAAACUGCAGUUGUAUUGAUUGGAUAUAUAGAUGAAGGGCCAUGAAGUAACACUUUGAAAGAUAGUGAUAGAUGAUAAUUAAGGUUUUCAUAGCGCACUUUUUAUCUUAAUUAGAUGCUUAAGGCACUCAAAGCAAAUUUACAACAACAAAAUUGUUAGCUUACUGAUUAAUGAAGAUGUGAAUUUGGAAUUAAUUUUAAGUUCAUAUUUUACAAUUUCAUUAUUUGAAAUUAUGAAUUGAUUAAAAUAGAAGCACUUAUGAUAGCUUAAUGUAUGAAAUUAUGCUGCAUAUGAUUAUUUAGCCUCCCUUUAUAAGUUAAUUCUGUAUGAUAUCCCUAGCUAUGUGGUCUAACCAGGGUCGAGAGUUUAAACACAGAUCAAAAAUCUAAAAAGAAUCAGAGAACUUCAAAUCUUCUUGAUAACCAUUUGAAACAAACAGAUGUAAGUGAAUUAUUGGAUAGACCUUGUCAAGUUCUCAGGUAGUAAAUUGCUUCUACUAUUUGCAAAGAAGUACCAUAUGUUUAACAAGUUAGAUUCAUUAACAAAUGAUUUGUUUUGAAAUAGAUUUUUAUUUUGUUCAAUAAAUACUUGGUCAAGCCAAUUUGAAAAAUUGAUCUGAAUAUUUGGUUGAUUUGAAUUUGUUAAGUAAACUUGCAUAAAAUAUAAAAUAUAAUGAAUUGUACGAUUACAAUGGUAUAAAGGACUGAUGUUGUCAAUUCUUCUUUUAAUAGCAAUUCCAGAGACCUCUUAUCAUGCCAUCAAAUUUGAGACCAAAUGUUUAAAUAAAUGAUCUGUAACUUUGGAUAUUUGUAUAAAAAAUAGAAUAUUGUAUUUAUCAGUUGUGGUUUAUUCGAUAUUCCAUGAAUUAAAAAAGACUAUCACAAUAUUACAAGUUAUAAAAUUAUAUUGCUAUCAACUUUGAAAGAGGUAAUGUUCAACUUUAUCAGAUUAUGAUUUAAGCAUUAACAGUUUUGCAAUGGAAUUUUUAAAAAGCAAGAUGAUAAUCAUUUGAAUUAAAUUGAAUGUUUGUCAUAUCACAUUUCUUAAGAUAAUUAAAUAAUUUGAGAAUUUUCUUUAGUAUUAGAAACUGAAGGGAGGAGGGUUUGUGAGUAAUAUAAUAUUAUUUUUCAAUAUUUUGUGCAGUAUAAUACAGUUAUGUAUUCUUGACAGCGCAAAAAUAAUUUUUAAAGUCUGUAUAUGAUAAGAAACAUUAUAGAUGUAAAAUAUUUUUUUCUUAAAGUGACAUGCCUGGGAUAAAAUGUUUGUCGUAGCAAGUUCAGUUUGAAAAUCACCAUGAUUGUUUAAUUUUCCAUAAAAACGCCAAGUGCCUCUUAUUAUCUGAAGUAUUUUGUACAGAGAAAACUAUUGAUAAAGUAUAUUCCUUCUCAUUAUUGUAAUCUCCAGCUAUCAUUUUUUUAAGAUAUCAAUUUACCAUACUUUUGUGUGGGUCAAUCAGCAUUUGAAAAUGACAAUCCAAUCUUUCAAAGUUAAUUGCUUUUUAUUUAAAAAAUCAGGAAUUAUGACCUAUUUCAGUUGGAAUUUGGAGAAUGAUGUUCUAUACAGGUUACAGAAAAAAAAACUGUCUAUAAGAUUACUUUCUCAAUGUAUUGGCUAUGGGAACUGGGUCAUCCCUGUCCAUGUAAUUUGAGUAUUCAGUAGUGACUGAGUGACUAUUAAUCUCCAAACGUUUUAUUUCCAACUACAAUGUACCUUAAAAUCUCUAGCUGUGUAGGUUUUCCAGUUGAUGUGUGUGAUUUGCUUAUUUGUAGAUGAACUUUUUUUUCUUGCCCAUGUCAAAUUGCACUUUACAAAACUAUCAGCAGUAUAAGAAUGAGUUAUUUUGCCUAUUGUAAUGUUCCAACUGCAAUCUGAUAAUAUUAUUUGAUAAUCAUUUUUUUUAAGUUUGACUGCCUCAAGAACUGUAUCCCUGUUGCCUCAAAUCUGAAAUCAUCUGUAGGUCAUUACUUCAAUGCACAAGAAUGAAAUUAAAGUCCGUGAUAGAGAAAAAA